CCUAUCCGCCGACCUCGCGCUCUUUGCCGACGAUGCGCAGAGCGCCGAUGCCCGCGAGCACUGGGGCUCAGACGAAAUUGAGACAACUAGCUUGUGCUCGUACGGCACGCGGCAGCCGUCGCCCACACCCACGAUGACCUCGGAGCUCAGCGUUGACGACGAUCUCCUUCUGCCCCUGAUGCUGCUGCCAAGCACUGUUGCAUGUGGCGGCAGCGAUGCUGCAGAAAAGUGCCAUCACUCGUCAUUGUCUGCGCACGUUGCUCAGUCAAAAUCGCAGUAUUCAUCAUGUGCUGAUUCGGAUACCGCGUCUCUCAGUGGCGAAUCAUGCGUCGAGUCCAACGAUCCCGAGCCAGCCGCGGUGCGCGAAAGCCUGCGGCCAACGGUUUUUGAGGAGCUUUCGAACAAUGGGGUUGACUGGUGCCGGUACUGCGGGACCACCGAGGGGAUCAACUGGCGGCCGGGACCCUGGGGCAAGCGCACCCUGUGCAACAAGCAUGGGUGUGACUACAAGGGAUACGGCUUUGCCUCGAAAAUGCCGCGCCUGAACCUCAAAAAUUUUGCCGACGAGAUGCUCGAGGAGCGCAUCAGGCCGGUUCUCCAGACAUUCUGCCAGAUAUGCCAGCAGGACUUUUCGGAGGGUGAAAAUGUUUUGAUGCACUGUGACGGAUGCCAUCGGGCGUACCAUCAGGGGUGUCACCCAGAGGGUAUCGCCGAUUGCGACGUGAGAUUUGACCAGAGGUGGUACUGCGAGUCAUCGUGCCGGGAUAAUGUCAGGAGACGCCGGAUCGUCGUUGAGUUGCCAAAAUGUAGGCUGCCCUAUAUGUGCUCGCCCAGACACAACUCUGCCGCCCAGGGUGUUAGUCAAGAGUCAGCUGUUGCCGCUGCCACUGCCGCCUCAAGGGCCACCAGGUCGCGCAAAAGAAAGCUUAGUACCACACCAGAACCCGCAUUGCUGGUGGAAACAGUGGUGCACACCCACAGUCAUUGUCACAGGCAGAUUUCGUCAGCCUGUGGCAAGGUCCGCAAAUCAUCUCGGGUCGCUCGUCCCUCAUUUAAACGUCUUGAAUCCGACUAUGAUGUCUAAGACGACUUGUAAUUUUUUAUUAAAACGCUCUAACAAGGGCCAAAAUUGUUUUGCUUUAUUCCUCCCUUUUUUCCAAAUAAA